CAUGUAUUCCAGUUACUGGAGAAUUACGGAAGAAGUUGAUCCAGGGUUUAUUCGAUGAGCAAAUGUACGAUAAGAAUACACUACCAUCAGAUGAUUCAGUUGAAGUGGUAGUGGAAGUAACUGUACAAAGUAUAACAGAGAUCAGCGAAAUAACGAGCAGUUUCAAAGCAGACAUAUGGUUCAGCCAAAUAUGGCAUGAUCGACGACUUGAUUUUAGGCAUUUAAAUUACUGUUUGACGAAUUUAUCAUUGGCCGCUCAUAAGUUACCCAAUUUGUGGACACCAAAUGUCUGUGUUGUUAACAGUAAAAAAGUAACAGUACAUACAUCACCAUCACAAAAUAUUCUUCUGUUAGUAUUUCCUAAUGGAACAGUAUGGCUUAAUUACAGGGUCAGUUUACAAGGACCAUGCCAACUUGAUUUAACUAAUUUUCCCAUGGAUACACAACAAUGUAAUCUCAUCUUUGAGAGUUAUUUAUAUAAUACGGCAGAAGUGAGAAUAGUAUGGCGUGAUUGGGAACCCAUAUCAAUUCCUGAUCCGAGUAGUAAAAAUCUGCCUGACUUUAUACUUACACGUAUUGAAAACAAGAGCACAAAACUUUAUUAUACAGCUGGUCAAUGGGAUCAAUUGGAAGCUGUUUUCAUUUUCCGUCGUCUCUAUGGAUAUUACGUUUUACAGGCUUAUAUGCCUACAUAUUUAUCAGUAUUCAUAUCAUGGAUAGCAUUCUGGAUUGAUACAAAAGCAUUGCCAGCACGUAUAACACUCGGUGUUAGCUCAUUGAUGGCAUUAACUUUCCAGUUCGGUAAUAUUGUCAAAAAUUUACCACGUGUAUCAUACGUAAAGGCACUGGAUAUAUGGAUGUUUGGUUGUGUUGGCUUUAUCUUCCUGUCUCUUGUCGAACUGGCAAUUGUUGGCUACGUAGAUAAGCUAGAAUUACGAAGAAGACGCGUACGAGUUCGAGAAUCCAACUUUCGAACCCACACCGAACCAUGGAACAUGAAAUUGACAAGAAAUGAUUCACGUAGAAAUUCCAGAUUUCCAUCAUCAAAUACAAAUAGCCCAGUGAAAGCUUUACAACAAAAUGGGUCAUUUCUCUGCUUGAAUUCAGAUAACCAGAUUAUGCAUGAUAAUAAUAGCAGUUUCGCAACACUCUGGUCAUCCAAUUAUCCACCCAGACGAAUACAACGGGAAAAUUCUUUCCGCCGUAUUUCAAAUGCUGAAAAGCCGAGAAAAACGGACGGAGAAAAAAUUGACGAGAUUUCUGGCAAAACUUUUCCGUUGUUAUUUAUUGCUUUCAAUACAUUUUAUUGGUUUUACUACAUCGGAUUAUGCAAAACGUUGACAAAAUAA